UUCUAUGCGCUCCUCCCUCUCUCUCUCUCUCUCCCGAAGAAAGGGAACUAUUCGCUGCAGAAAACACCGGAGAAGUUGCAGCGUCGUUGCGGCUGGCGCCGGUGUGCAGGCUUCUGCUCUUCUUCCACCAAGCUGGAGCAGAAAGGCCAUACUGCGCACGGGUGCGUCAGCAGCAUCAACGCAAACAAACACGGUUCCUGGCUGUCUGGGGAGAGAGUGAAGGCUCCCCGCCCCUUUGCCGAUGGCUCCGAUAAGGCAGAAGCGACGUACUACAAGCCGAGCAUCCACAACCCGGCUUUCCGCUCGAACAUGCCGCACAUGCUGUCCGCCCAGCCAGGGACUGUCAACGGGCGAGCAAAACGUGAACGCCGGCCGAACUGUGCGCUUCAACGAGCGAACAUGGGCGUCAAACUUCAGACAGCAGACCUGAAAGUGAUUAUUCUGGGAGAGUCGAAUGUCGGCAAAACGUCCCUCCUCGUUCGCUACCUCGAGAAGCGGUUUGAAGAGUAUCCUAAGGCAACCCUCGGUGCGGCAUUCACACUGAAAACAAGGGGGAAACACAACAUUGCAAUAUGGGAUACAGCCGGACAAGAACGCUAUGUUGGCUUGAGCAUUUUCUACUGCAGAAAUGCGGACGUCGCGAUCAUGGCCUUUGACGUCACGAAUCGAGAAAGCUUCAAGGCAUUAAUGACAAGGUACGUGCAGUUACUGAGUAUGGUGGACGACUUCUCAUUAAAGGUGGUUGUUGGGACUAAGAGUGACCUGCUAGGCACAAAAAAACGACAGGUUUCUGUUGCCGAAGCGGAAGUAUUCGCAAAGAGCUUAAAUCCCGGAUGGACGGCGGAAAAGGCUCCCUACUUUGAGACGUCGAGUGCAACGGGCGAAAACAUUGACCAGGUCUUCGACUACAUUUUCGAGUACUGCACCCGUGAGCACGGUCUACUAUCCUGCUGCCUUAACAAUGUUCACGAGAAAGACCUAAAGACCGUCACCCUCACGCCAAGAACACUGAAGAUAGGCAAAACCGUAGCAAAUUGCUGCCUUUGACGAUAACGUGUUAAAUGCCAGAGUCCUUGCACUUCAGGCCGCUGACCUGCUCAAAUGCAUUUAUGUAAAUAUUUACCUCGGCUGACCCCAAGAGGCAAUUAUCGCACUCUGCAGUUGUACUCAAGUACUACGUGACUGCCGACGUUGCAUCUCGAAGUCGUAUCUUCUCGCUGUCUUGACACUGCACAAAUUGCUGUGAUAUAUUGCAAUGAACUCUUACUCUUUGACUCUCCUGGUCUCCGAUUGACCAGCCUAUUUUCAUUGUACACACAUCAUACGUACAUAUGUAAUAUAUUUGGUGCAGGCACCGCGUCUGUACAUUUUAAUCUGUAUAUACGGUAAAUUUAUUAUACACGACGGUACACUAGGACAACUGAGAGCGCAUGAGGCAAUAAAGUGAAUGUGGCAUGUGUAAA